AUCACAGGUGCAGGAUUAGUGCUGCCUAUGGUGCUGGGCUUUUUAGUGGGAAACUCUAGAAAUUCUGUGCUGCCUCUUCUUGUGUCUCAUCCCAGGAAACCUGGCAACCAUAUAUCAAGCGUACAGAAAUCAAAAUGAAGUUCCUCGAUAACAUGCUUUUGCGAAGUUCAGGAAAGUUAAGUGUGGGCACCAAAAAAGAGGAUGGUGAGAGUACAGCCCCCACCCCUCGUCCCAAGAUCUUGCGUUGUAAGUGUCACCACCAUUGUCCAGAAGACUCGGUCAACAAUAUUUGCAGCACAGAUGGAUAUUGUUUCACAAUGAUAGAAGAAGAUGAUUCUGGCAUGCCUGUGGUCACUUCUGGAUGUCUAGGACUGGAAGGAUCAGAUUUUCAGUGUCGGGACACUCCCAUUCCUCAUCAAAGAAGAUCAAUUGAAUGCUGCACAGAAAGAAAUGAAUGUAAUAAAGACCUGCAUCCCACACUGCCUCCACUGAAAAACAGAGAUUUUGUUGAUGGACCUAUACACCACAAGGCCUUACUUAUAUCUGUGACUGUUUGUAGCUUGCUCUUGGUCCUUAUUAUUUUAUUCUGUUACUUCAGGUAUAAAAGACAAGAAGCCAGACCGCGGUACAGCAUUGGGCUAGAGCAGGAUGAAACUUACAUUCCUCCUGGAGAAUCUCUGAGAGACUUAAUUGAGCAGUCUCAGAGCUCAGGAAGUGGAUCAGGCCUCCCUCUGCUGGUCCAAAGGACUAUAGCUAAGCAGAUUCAGAUGGUGAAACAGAUUGGAAAAGGUCGCUAUGGGGAAGUUUGGAUGGGAAAGUGGCGUGGCGAAAAGGUAGCUGUGAAAGUGUUCUUCACCACGGAGGAAGCCAGCUGGUUCAGAGAGACAGAAAUAUAUCAGACAGUGUUGAUGAGGCAUGAAAACAUUUUGGGGUUCAUUGCUGCAGAUAUCAAAGGAACUGGAUCCUGGACCCAGUUAUACCUCAUCACAGACUAUCAUGAAAGUGGCUCCCUGUAUGACUAUCUGAAAUCUACCACCCUAGACACUAAAUCCAUGCUGAGGCUGGCUUACUCUUCUGUCAGUGGCUUAUGUCACUUACACACUGAAAUCUUUAGUACUCAAGGCAAACCAGCAAUUGCCCAUCGAGACCUGAAAAGUAAGAACAUCUUGGUGAAGAAAAAUGGAACUUGCUGUAUAGCUGACCUGGGCCUGGCUGUUAAAUUUAUUAGUGAUACAAAUGAAGUUGACAUCCCACCCAACACUCGAGUUGGCACCAAGCGCUAUAUGGCUCCGGAAGUGUUAGAAGAGAGCUUGAAUAGAAAUCACUUUCAGUCUUACAUCAUGGCUGACAUGUAUAGUUUUGGACUCAUCCUUUGGGAGGUUGCUAGGAGAUGUGUUUCAGGAGGUAUAGUGGAAGAAUACCAACUUCCCUAUCAUGACCUGGUGCCCAGUGACCCCUCGUACGAGGAUAUGAGAGAAAUUGUUUGCAUCAAAAAGUUACGCCCCUCGUUCCCCAACCGGUGGAGUAGUGAUGAGUGUCUAAGGCAGAUGGGGAAACUCAUGACAGAGUGUUGGGCUCACAACCCUGCAUCAAGACUGACAGCCUUGCGUGUUAAGAAAACACUUGCCAAAAUGUCAGAGUCCCAGGACAUUAAGCUUUGACAUGACGGAAGGGAGCAUCUCUGCAGAAGGCUGAUGGAGCUCUUCUGCUUGUGGGCAGAGCAAAAGAUGUUACAGAAGCAUCCUCAGUACAAGCCUUGAACACCAAUCUGCUUCCCAGUGGGUUCAGACCUCCCCUGUCAUGGAGCAGCCUGGACAGUCAGAGUUCACAGAAGCACAGAUUCAUGUGUGUGUGUUUGCAGGAGGGAGAAACCACCUGGGUAACUUGUUCAAGAAAUGAUGCAU